AUGGAUUCGGACAGCUUUCUGACGCCGCGGAAACUGUUGCAAACCGCACUGGCAAGGACCUCGUCGCGCCAGUCGAUGACCUCUUCACCAUCGAUAAUGGCCGUCGGCACGCCGCGCGCGGCCACCAGCAGCCGGUUCAACUUGCUUCCAGUGAUGCACACACCACCGUCACGCAUGUUACACGGCCGCGUCGUGAAUCCCUUCGAACCGCAUCUUGCCGAUCGGUUGCACUUGCCGAUGAUCGGCAGCCCGUCCCUGUUUAACCGUCCGAGCACACCGCAAAACAGCAGCCUGAGCCAGUUCGAGUGGACGAUCGACGAAUUGUCGUCGCUAGGGCCGGCCAACGUUGAGGCGCACGAAACGCAGUUUCACGAAACACCGGACCCGGCCGUGGAAGCCCGAGUGCAAGCGGCCAUCAGCAGCUACUUCAAGGAGCACAGCAUCGUUCCCAGCCCGAUCGAUAGUCAUCUGCGGGGCCAGAAAGUGGUCCUUUCCAAACAAAGCGUCGAUCCUGGUACGUCCAGUGUGCGCUCGGGCCGGAAACAGUGUAUCGGAGUGGCCCAGACUGUCCUAACGUUUCCCCCCACACUACCGCCCGAGGUGGAGGACGUUUUAGGGAAGUUUCUUACAUUCAACGAGGAUCAACAGCAGAAGCACGGUGUGUCGCUUGACGAAUCUUCGGCCAGCAGUAGCAUCGAUCACGAAGCGCGCGAUGCUUCCUUGCGGCGCAAGUUGUUUAGCAUUUUCAACCCCAACGAAGACGGCGGAACAAGUGAUGCCGAUGUAACGGGUCCGCUUUCGGACUCGCUAGAUGAUAUCGAUCUUCUAGCACUUAGCCCGGCACCUAUCUCACCGGAGGUGAUGGUUGGCAGUGGCGAAACGGACAGUUUUCAGCAAGACAUGAAACGCUCCCGAUACUAUGGUUCCCGGGAAAUGCUCUGCAACGGUGACAUCUCUCUCAGUCCCGUGAUCGAGAGUGAGGAUGAUAGCUCUUUCGGGGCUCUGUCGCCGAUCUCGAAGACAUCGCUCAGUCCACCAGAGCCGACUACGUCGCACGAUCCGCACCAUUCGGACGUGGACGCUAUCUAUCGGAGCACUCCGGAACCGUCGGCUUGCAGUCAGGGUGACGCCCUGUACUUUACGCUGCAGCAAAACGAAAGCCAGCAAGGUUCUAUUAAGCACACCGAGCUGACGAACGUAUUGGCCGACGCGAGCCUUUUCAACGAUUGCGACACAGUGACCAGCUCGUCGCUAGAGUUGUCACAAAAAUCGCAACAUUCCAUGACACCGCUGCGGCGCAUGCGACGGAAAGAAACCCGGCGCACUAACCGUAAAAAUCUGUCUCAAUCUUUCAUGCUAGAAACGCCAAAGGACGAAUCGGUGCAGGGACCGAACCACGGAACCGGAACCGAAGGAUUGUUCGCGAAGCACGGACUCGUGAAAGAACUGCCACGGAUAACCGAAGUCAGUGGCGCAGUUCCGGAGAAGGUGCUGCGCGCUGUAAAUUUCUAUCGCACCGACAGUGGGUUCAACGAGGAGAGUCAAAGCAAUGACCUGUCGGAUGUUUCGAUGCUUUCCGAAGACUUUCGAAGCACGCCGGGAAAGAAAGCCCACCGAUUUGGCGGUGGCGACCUACGCGCCCUAUCUAGCCAGGCCACUAAGAGCUGCAAUCAUGGUUCCUCCUCAACUCUAAGACUGUAA